AUGUCUCAGACAACUUUCAAACACCCACUCCCGUUAGAGACGUCGGAAGCCAUACUGGACUUGUUACCCUUACCAGAUCUUCUUUCAUUUGGCAAAACUUGUAAACAAACACGCAUGGAUGUUAGGAAGUACAAGGAAAGAAGUUCAGUUGGACUAUUGGUAUCUGGUUCGACUGUUCUUGAAUUUUUCAAUCGAGAAAUUUACAACGGAGAUUUGGAUACAUUUUGCAAUAUUCAGCACUGCAAAAUUGCUGGCGAUUGGUUGAUAUCUCAUGGAUAUUCAUAUCGACCCAAAGAAGGUCAGGCUAUCGAUUUUGAUAGCUCCUUCUCCGAGACAUAUAAUAAAGAAACAGCAAGUGAAACCCCAGAAGACGCGGAUACAGAUGAAUACAAGUUUAAUACGGUGGUUAAUAUCUGGAAUUUUAUGCGAAGCUCUUCCAAAAUUCAGCUCAUUGCUACUGGUGGGGCACCUUUGGAGUCUAUCUUUUCGUUCCAUUCCACUAAUCAAAGUUCAGCCUGUGUAAUGAACGUCUUCACGCAUCGUGCUGCGUAUUGUCUUUUUUCUAAACUUACCUUGGAAGAAAAAACGACAAUGUUGAUCGACAUUCAAGCACCUUUAAAUGCCCGUGAAAUGUAUCCGAUACAGAAGUACAAAAAUCGUGGAUUCAACGUUAUACAUUAUCCAGAUUUUAGGCUCGUUUGUGAUCCGUCUUCUUCACUAUCUGCUCUCGUGCCGAGAUACGUUGGUGACAGACACUGUUGUCGUGUACCAUUUCAUCAAUGUAGCACUACGACAUCCGACAUUGACUUCUUGGAAGUAAAUAGUUGGGUAAUGGGCUACACAACCAGAUUCAACACCAUCAAAGUUUCUGUGCUUAGUAUAUCGGGUAUAGCUGUGGAUUGUGUUUUUGCACCCCAGAAUCUUGCUCAAAUAAGAACACAACUUGCGGCCAUCCGUGAUCUUAUCAGAAUAGGUGCAGUCAGGAGUGAACUAGCGAUAAUGUUGAUUCAAACAAUUAUUCGAGAUUCGCAUCAACGACCCAUAACGGAAAGCUCAUUCUGGAUUCAAUUCCGAAAAAUAUUCAAUUGUGUUAACAACUCUGGAAUGAGUGUGCACCCUGCCACUUCGCAACAAUUGAUUGAGUUGUUUAUGGUUGUACGAAGUAAUUAUACGGAUGUGACUGUGGAUGAUCCGUAUGUUAUUCAUGACGAAAAUGAUGUUGCAAAGUUAAGGUUGAUCAUAAACAUCGGGCCUGCGAAAACUCGCGUCAAUCGGGUGACCUUGACGACAUGGGCGCGUGCUUUUGCAGCUCAUGAUAUACUCAUCAUGUUGUAUCAAAAAAUGUGA